AUGGACGACUUUGACGACUUUGUCGGGCCCACUUCAGGUCGCGCACAUGCCUCCUCCCAACAACAGCAACACCACCAAACCGAUCCGUUCGCCGAUUUCCACCAAUCCCACGACGACAGCUUUGGCAGUCUCGGCGUCAAUCAACACCAACAGCAAAGAACGAGAGGAUCAGCUUCGGGCCCAUCACAUGUCCUCGUUGAUGCAGACGAUCCUGAUUUGAUGGGAGACGACGAUUUUGAUGAUUUUCGUCGAGGUUCAUCUCGCAAUCAGGCUUACCCUCCCACUUCUUCCAGUUCUGCGCGGUACAACGAUCCAUUCGCUACAUCAACUCUCUCUUUCGACCAACAUGAUACCGCCAUGGGUCUCGACGCUCCUAGACCUAACUUUGGUAGACACAUGCAAGGCAGUAUAGACUCUGGCCUUCCAUUAGCAGCCAGCGCACAGACACCGGCCGGCUACGAACACGGUCACAGCACAGAAGGCCCUUUUGCCGAUGCGUAUGCUGCUAGACAUAGCUUCAAGAGUAUCGAAGCCGAUGAUGAGAUCUCGCCUAUGGAUGAUGGCAAGUAUCUGCCUUUUGGUGCAGGUCCGGCUGCUUCUGGUGCUCCACCUGGCAGAGGCAGCGCAACAAGAGGGUCAGCUGUUCCAGGAGCAGGUCCUACUUCCGGUGCCAGUCGCAGACCACCCCGCGAUGGCCUGCUAGAUGGCUUGAAGAGGAGUAUGAGGACACUCAAAGCCGACGUUGAUACUGUGCUGCGUCGACGCAGGCAACAAGAGAAACGAGAAGGAGAUCGUAUCGUCCAACUCAACGAUCCGCUUGCCAACGACAAGAGCGAUUUCCUCGACAACUACGUCAGCACUUCCAAGUACAACGUCCUCACUUUUGUGCCCAAGUUCCUCGUCGAGCAGUUCAGCAAGUAUGCAAAUGUCUUCUUCUUGUUCACUUCUUGCAUUCAGCAAAUUCCAGGUGUUUCGCCCACUAACAGAUGGACUACCAUCGUCCCUCUGGCACUCGUAUUGCUUGCAUCGGCCUUCAAGGAGAUCAAAGAGGAUAUCAAGAGGCAUCAGUCCGACUCGGAGCUCAAUGCGCGUAUCUCGCAUGUCCUUGACCCUGGCACGGGCUCCUUCGAGCCUCGCAGAUGGAGACACAUGCGCGUGGGUGACAUUGUGAGAGUGGAGAACAACGAGUUCUUCCCCGCUGAUCUCGUACUGCUUUCCAGUUCGGAACCUGAAGGUCUCUGCUAUAUCGAGACAGCCAACUUGGAUGGGGAAACCAAUCUCAAGAUCAAGCAAGCUUUGCCCGACACGGCGAAACUCACUAGUUCCAGUGCAGCGUCCACUCUCCGCGGCAAUCUUAGCUCAGAACAGCCAAACAACAGUCUCUAUACUUUCGACGCUACACUCAACAUCCAGCUCAGCUCCACGCCUGGCUUCAGCGGCACACCGAUGCGCAAAGCUCCACUCAGCCCGGAACAACUGUUGCUACGAGGUGCACAGCUACGAAACACACCUUGGGUCUACGGUCUCGUCGUCUUCACAGGUCACGAAACCAAGUUGAUGCGAAAUGCGACUGCAGCACCCAUCAAGCGCACCGCCGUCGAAAAGCAGGUCAACGUGCAGAUCUUGUUUCUUUUCAUCUUGCUUCUCGCGCUCUCCAUUGCUUCUUCGAUCGGUGCUAUUGUGCGCAACACCGCCUACGCAUCAGAAAUGAAGUAUCUCUUGCUCAACGAGCAAGGCAAGGGAAAAGCAAGACAGUUUAUCGAAGAUAUCUUGACCUUUGUCAUCGCCUACAACAACUUGAUUCCCAUCUCGCUCAUUGUCACGGUGGAAGUGGUCAAGUAUCAGCAGGCCAUGUUGAUCAAUUCGGAUUUGGACAUGUACUAUGCGCCUACCGAUACUCCUGCGCUUUGCAGAACGAGUAGUUUGGUGGAGGAGCUGGGUCAGAUUGAUUACAUCUUCUCCGAUAAGACGGGUACGUUGACGAGGAACGAGAUGGAGUUCAAGAUGGCUAGUAUCGGUGGUAUCUCGUUCACUGAUGUUAUUGAUGAGAGUAAGCAAGGUACAGGUGAGAUUGGACCAGAUGGUAGAGAGAUCGGUGGUCAGCGAACUUGGCAUGAACUCAAAGCGAUCAUGGAUGGUCGCACCCCGGAUGAUGGUAGUAGUGCUGUGAUCGAGGAGUUCCUUACACUUCUAGCCGUUUGUCACACCGUCAUUCCAGAGCGAAAGGGCGAUAAGGUCAUCUUUCAGGCUUCCAGUCCUGAUGAAGCUGCUCUUGUCGCAGGUGCCGAGUCACUCGGUUACCAGUUUACCACCCGCAAACCUCGUUCCGUGUUCGUCAACAUUCGCGGCGUCGAACGAGAAUGGGAGGUUCUCAACGUAUGCGAGUUCAACUCGACGCGUAAACGUAUGUCCACCGUCGUCCGUUGUCCCGACGGCAAGAUCAAGCUGUACUGCAAAGGAGCAGAUACCGUCGUUCUUACUCGUCUUUCCGAAAAUCAGCCUUUUACGGAUCAAACGAUGAUCCAUCUGGAAGAUUAUGCCACCGAAGGCUUGCGAACUUUGUGCAUUGCCAUGCGCGAGGUUAGCGAGCAAGAGUAUCGUCAAUGGUCGAAAAUCUACGAUCAAGCUGCAGCAACAAUCCAGAAUAGAGGAGAAGCGUUGGAUAAGGCAGCCGAGAUGAUCGAGCAGAAUCUGUUGUUGCUAGGUGCAACGGCUAUUGAGGAUAAGCUGCAGGAUGGUGUGCCGGAUACGAUCCAUACGCUGCAAUCGGCAGGCAUUAAGAUUUGGGUUUUGACCGGCGACAGGCAGGAGACGGCGAUUAAUAUUGGCUUGUCGUGUAGGUUGAUCAGUGAAUCGAUGAAUUUGCUUAUCAUUAACGAGGAGAAUCUGCAUGAUACGGCCGAGGUGCUGAAUAAGAGAUUGCUGGCCAUCAAGAAUCAGCGCAAUACGGUCGGGGUAGAGCAGGAGGAAAUGGCGCUAGUCAUCGAUGGCAAAUCGCUCACUUUUGCUUUGGAUAAGCAACUUUCAAAGGUGUUUUUGGAGUUGGCAGUGCUGUGUAAAGCGGUCAUCUGCUGUCGAGUUUCGCCGUUGCAAAAGGCGUUGGUGGUGAAGUUGGUCAAGAAGAACUUGUCUUGUUUACUACUUGCCAUUGGAGAUGGAGCCAACGACGUUUCGAUGAUUCAAGCAGCCCAUGUUGGCGUGGGUAUUUCCGGCGUGGAAGGUCUUCAAGCAGCCAGAUCGGCGGAUGUAGCCAUCUCGCAAUUCCGAUACCUUCGUAAGCUUCUUCUCGUUCAUGGAAGUUGGUCUUAUGCGAGGUUGAGCAAGAUGAUUCUUUACUCUUUCUAUAAGAACAUUACGUUGUACAUGACCUUGUUUUGGUAUUCCUUCCAAAACUCGUUCUCGGGUCAGGUGGCCUUCGAAUCUUGGACUCUCUCGUUCUACAACGUCAUCUUCACCGUGCUUCCACCUCUGGUCAUCGGCAUCUUCGACCAAUUCCUCUCAGCAAGAAUGUUGGAUAGAUACCCGCAGCUGUACGGCCAGGUGUACUUUGAUAAGACAAGGUUUUGGGGAUGGACAGCCAACGCAUUCUUCCAUUCUCUCAUCACCUAUCUCUUUGUGACGAUCAUCUUCUGGGGCUCUCCACAGUUGAGCGAUGGAUGUGCAAGCUACAGCUGGAUCUGGGGAACGACACUGUUCAUGGUCGUCCUCCUCACCGUCCUGGGCAAAGCUGCACUUAUCUCCGACCUUUGGACUAAAUACACCUUUGCUGCUAUCCCGGGCUCGUUCGUGUUCACGAUCGCUUUGCUUGCUAUCUACGCGCUCAUCGCCCCGAGACUAGGGUUUAGCAAAGAGUACGAUGGCAUCCUCGGCCCUCUGUACGGAUUCAGCGGCUUUUGGCUAUCCAUCUUGGUCGUACCGACGGUCUGUUUAGCGAGGGACUUUUGCUGGAAGUAUUGGAAGAGAACGUAUAGGCCGGAAAGCUAUCAUAUCGUGCAAGAGGUGCAGAAGUAUAAUCUGCAAGACUACAGGCCGAGGAUGGAUCAGUUUCAGAAAGCAAUUAGAAAGGUAAGGGCGGUACAGAGGAUGAGGAGAACGAGAGGCUUUGCAUUUAGUCAGACCGAAGGAUCCGCCGAUCUGAUUCGCAAGUACGAUACUACGAUUGCCAAAGCUAGUGGGCAGUAG